CACCCCCGUGGCCUGGGCCCCCGAUGGUAGCGCCCGAGGUUGCCAGUUUCGCGCCUGCGCACUGCGGCGCCUAGGGGGCAAGCGAGAGGGAGACGGACGUUGAGAGAACGAGGAGGAAGGCGAGAAAAUGGCGUCCACGGAUUAUAGUACUUACAGCCAAGCUGCAGCCCAGCAGGGCUACAGUGCUUAUACCGCCCAGCCCACUCAAGGAUACGCACAGACCAGCCAGGCAUACGGGCAGCAGAGCUAUGGAACUUAUGGACAGCCCACUGAUGUCAGCUACAGCCAGGCUCAGAGCACGGCAACCUACGGGCAGACGGCCUAUGCCACCUCUUACGGACAGCCCCCCACGGGUAAGGCUGCCAGCGAGAGUUCCUGGGGGUCCCCUUGGCUAGGUUAUACUACUCCAGCUGCCCCCCAGGCAUACAGCCAGCCUGUUCAAGGGUAUGGCACUGGUGCUUAUGAUACCACCACUGCGACAGUCACCACCACCCAGGCUUCCUAUGCAGCUCAGUCUGCAUAUGGCACUCAGCCUGCUUACCCAGCCUAUGGGCAGCAGCCAGCAGCUACUGCACCUGCAAGACCACAGGAUGGCAACAAGCCAGCAGAGACUAAUCAGCCCCAAUCUAGCACUGGGGGAUACAACCAGCCCAGCCUAGGAUAUGGACAAAGUAACUACAGUUAUCCCCAGGUACCUGGGAGCUACCCAAUGCAGCCAGUCACUGCACCACCAUCCUAUCCUCCUACAAGCUACUCCUCUUCACAGCCGACUAGUUACGAUCAGAGCAGUUACUCUCAGCAGAACACCUACGGGCAGCCGAGCAGCUAUGGACAGCAGAGUAGCUAUGGCCAACAGAGCAGCUAUGGGCAGCAGCCUCCCACUAGUUACCCCCCCCAGACUGGAUCCUACAGCCAGGCUCCAAGUCAAUAUAGCCAGCAGAGCAGCAGCUACGGGCAGCAGAGUUCAUUCCGACAGGAGCACCCCAGUAGCAUGGGUGUUUAUGGGCAGGAGUCGGGAGGAUUUUCCGGACCAGGAGAGAACCGGAGCAUGAGUGGCCCUGAUAACCGGGGCAGGGGAAGAGGGGGAUUUGAUCGUGGAGGCAUGAGCAGAGGUGGGCGGGGAGGAGGACGCGGUGGAAUGGGCAGCGCUGGAGAGCGAGGUGGCUUCAAUAAGCCUGGUGGACCCAUGGAUGAAGGACCAGAUCUUGAUCUAGGCCCGCCUGUCGAUCUGGACGAAGACUCUGACAACAGUGCAGUUUAUGUGCAAGGGUUAAAUGAUAAUGUGACUGCAGAUGACCUGGCAGACUUCUUUAAGCAGUGUGGCGUUGUUAAGAUAAACAAGAGAACUGGACAACCCAUGAUCCACAUAUACCUGGAUAAGGAAACAGGAAAGCCCAAGGGGGAUGCCACAGUGUCCUAUGAAGACCCCCCAACCGCCAAGGCUGCCGUGGAAUGGUUUGAUGGGAAAGAUUUUCAAGGGAGCAAACUCAAAGUGUCUCUGGCCCGGAAGAAGCCUCCAAUGAACAGCAUGCGGGGUGGCAUGCCGCCCCGGGAGAGCCGAGGGAUGCCGCCCCCCCUCCGUGGAGGUCCAGGUGGCCCAGGAGGGCCUGGCGGGCCCAUGGGCCGCAUGGGAGGCCGUGGAGGAGACAGAGGUGGCUUCCCUCCCAGGGGACCUCGGGGCUCCCGGGGAAACCCCUCAGGAGGAGGCAAUGUCCAGCACCGAGCUGGGGACUGGCAGUGUCCCAAUCCGGGCUGUGGAAACCAGAACUUCGCCUGGAGAACAGAAUGUAACCAGUGUAAGGCCCCAAAGCCUGAAGGAUUCCUCCCUCCGCCCUUCCCACCCCCAGGUGGUGACCGUGGCAGAGGUGGCCCUGGUGGCAUGCGAGGUGGAAGAGGCGGCCUCAUGGACCGUGGUGGUCCCGGUGGAAUGUUCAGAGGGGGCCGUGGUGGAGACAGGGGGGGCUUCCGUGGUGGCCGGGGCAUGGACCGAGGCGGCUUCGGUGGAGGAAGACGAGGUGGCCCUGGGGGUCCACCUGGACCUUUGAUGGAACAGAUGGGAGGAAGAAGAGGUGGACGUGGAGGACCUGGAAAAAUGGAUAAAGGCGAGCACCGCCAGGAGCGCAGAGACCGACCCUACUAGACGCACACGCCCCCAGAGCUGCAUUGACUACCAGAUUUAUUUUUUAAGCCAGAAAUGUUUUAAAUUUAUAAUUCCAUAUUUAUAAUGUUGGCCACAACAUUAUGAUUAUUCCUUGUCUGUACUUUAGUAUUUUUCACCAUUUGUGAAGAAACAUUAAACAAGUUAAAUGGUAGUGUGCCGAGUUUUUUUUUUUUCCUUUCCUCUCUCUUACUAAAGAUCCGGUUGUUUAAGACUUAACAUUGGGAACCCCUUGUGAGCAUGCUCAGUGUCAUUGUGGAGAACCAAGAGGGCCUUGUAACUGUAACAAUGUUAAUGAUUGUGAUUUUUUUUUAAAUAAAAUUCCAAAUGUUUAUACACA